AUGGACACCACCUCUGCUUCCGCUAAUCUGAGAGCAAAUCCUGAGCUAAUGAACUCAGAUUUAACGGAUGUUGUAACAGUUCUGAAAUCACAUUCAAUGACAAUUAAUACCAUGUCUGAUCGGUUAAAUAAACUUGAGUCCAUUGUACCGGGAAAUGAUGAUGUAAUUUCACAAACUAUUGAUAGUCUUACCUCUACUGUUAAAAACCUUGCAUAUAAUCAGAAAAUGUUGGAAUGUAAACUUGAUGAUGUGCUAAAAAAUCAGACCAACACUGAUGUUGCUGUUAAUGAUAUUUCUGGUAGAUUGGAGAGCUUGGUUAAUAUUUUCAACAAUAAUAUCUCUAAUAUUGGGACUCUACUCAACCAACAGCAAGUGAUGGCGUCAGGAGGGAACUACCAGGCGGCGCCCGCUCCCACCCGGGGACCUGGUAGACCGAAGAAAAACCAGUCUGUGGUGACUACUAGUUUGCCCAAUGGUGCUUCAUACUCAAGAAUCCAGCUGCCAAUGAAUAAUAUUAACAUUCCGAAGAGUAAAAGGCAAUUUACGAACCCAAGUCAAGAAUCUUUAAAAAAGGUAACCCCAACUCCAUCUCAAGAUGAGAUGCCCAAUCCUCCGAGGAGGCGGGGUAGACCGCCUAAGAAUCGUAAGAAUACACCUGCGCCAAGUGCUAGUGCUACUCCGGUGAAUCCGUCAGAAGACAAAAUUUCUCUGGCUGAUAAUGACGAAGAUAGUAACUCGCGCCCAACACCUGAAACAGAGGCGACUCUGAGAAAAAAUGAGUCCGGAUCUGGUAGUUUACGAGGUCGGAGGGGGUCCGUUGCGUCUUCUGGCUCUGCGGCUGUCAGAAACACUAGAAGGAAUUCAAAGAGAGUAAGACUUCAAAAGCAUUUCUAUGAUGAGGCCUCGGAUGGAUCUGAAGAGCUUAGUCAGAGUGACGAUGACCAAGACGCAGAGGAUCAGGAAAAGCUAGAUGAUGAGGACGACGAUGACGAGGAUGAGCAAGAUGAUAACGACUCAUCAUAUGAAGAAAGUUCGAUGAAAGGAUCGUCGAGGGUUCCUAGGCUUCGCGACAAGGGAAACCAAGAAGAAGAAGACACCGGCAGUGCUUCAGGAAGCCCUGGUGUAUCCGUCAAAUCCAGGAGGCAAUUGGAAUUAGAGAAGAGACGCGAUCCUCGGGAGAAGAUGCUUGUGUCUAUGAAGUAUAGCGACCGUGACAAGGCUAAGUCAUUUAUGGAGUCUAACAAAGAUCUUUUGAAGGCUAUGAAAGAAGAAGAAAGGAAAAAACGAAUGACAGCUAUCAAUUACGAACCAAUCUAUAAUAAUUCACUCCAGCAGACGAUACGGCAGGUGCAUAAUACUGCGGCGGGAAUACCUCCUCCACUAUCAUCGUCAACAUUGGCUCCUCUUCCUCAAAGUUCUGACUCUAACAGAACUGUAACAGCCGAUGCCAGUACACUCUCGUUCCAUAACUCGGAACCUCGUAGGAUGGGUAUCCUUUCGAUGUUGAAUUCCCAUGAGCCUGCUCAAUCCAAACCAUCCAACAACAAAUCAACUAGUAAAGAGAGCUCUGCUACAGCAGCUAAUUGCACAACGCCGGAAAACUCUUCCGCUUCUAAUAAUAAUAAACGGCAGUCCACUGAUUCAGACUCCUUAAUGAUUACACCUAUAAAGCGCUCGAAGGGUUCUUUCUCGAAUCCGACCACCGCAUCUACUUCUGCCCCAUCAGCUUCGGCCAAUAGCUACCUUUCUAAUUACACAACCGUAACCAGCACAACGACGCCCACAAUUGAUUUAAGCAAAAACAUACAAAUCUCUGUGCGUGGGAGACCAUUUAAUGCAACUAAUGGUACGGAUAAUUCUGCGACAUUAUUAAUGGCUUCGCCAAUAGAGCUCGUCUGCAAAGACGGCUACUUUUACCGUCGUAACGAUCUAUCAACCGCUAUCACCACUGGUAGUUACUUGGCAUUGAAGUUCAAGAACAAAGAAGAAGAACUAAUUAAGAUGACAAUGCAUGAGGACUACGCGGAGCUAACAAGACAGAACCGCAUAAAUGCAUAUUUUAUGAAACCAGACAUAGAUGUAGAAACUGAGUAUGCGUGCCAGGUACUGUCCAGAGUAACGCUGACGGAGAGGUACGUCAAUAGCUUAGAGUACUUCCUUAUGGAAUUCCGCUGGGAGAAUAGACUGGUAAGCCUUGGCCUAAGGCUGCGUGAGUCAAAGAGGACAUGGCAAAGACGAAAAGCCCUGUUCGCUCUGUUCGAGUUCUGGAGAGACAAAUCGCGUGAAAAACGUGGCUUCACGAACUUCACCAUCUUCCAUGCAGUAAAGGAGAUGGAAAAUUACAGAGUGUUCAUCAAUAGAUCUGUCUCGUGGUUCUACAAUCACAUCACAUUACUAAAGAUGAUUCUAUUCGACCUUUGCGACAACACUGAUAUUCACUGGCGCGAGUGGAUGUUUCCUAAAGGAUCUGAGAUUCCAGUUGAAGGUUUGGAUGACAAAAUCAGCAAAACUAAUAUAAAUCAACUAAUUGAUAGCAUGUUAACACUGGAUUUCUUGGAGGAUGGUACCGAGAAUCUACAUACGAAGAGCUCUGCCGCGUAA